AUGUCAGGGAGCGCCAAGGCCAUCCGCCUCCCCCCCCUCAAGACGCUGCGCGUCCACAAUCCCAAGCGCCAGCCCGAAAACCCUUGCAUCGCAAUCAUGUCCAGCGUCCUAGCCUGCUGGGCCUCUGCAGGCUACAACGCCGCCGGAUGCGCCGCCAUCGAGAACCAGCUCCGCAAAUGCAUGGACGGACCCCCUCCGCCGCCGGCCCCCGCGAACACGAUCAACUACCACCUGUCCCGGAUGCAAAAGUACGUCACGAGCCCGCGGAAGCAGAAAUAA